GCUGGAGGGAGGUCGCACAUGUGCCGCACCCUAGAAACCCUCCUGGACUUUCUUUGCAGGUCACGUCGCGAGAGGACAAAAUGAAUACUGUAAAUAGUUCUCUAUUAUUUCUCUUCUUUUUCUCUGAAGUCAUCUGUGUUAAGGCAUCAUCUUGGACCAUUGAGUUGCCAUCUUCAGUGAAAGGACUCCCCGGAUCUUGUGUCGUGAUUCCCUGCUCAUUUAACUAUCCCGACCCACAGAUGGCCAUCAAUGAAUUCACCGGGAUUUGGUUGGAGGCAGAAAAUCACCUCAUCUAUCACCCAAAUAACCCAAAGAUAAAGCAGCAGUAUCAAGGUCGAACCGAGCUGGUGGGAGAUGUAAGACAGAAGAACUGCUCGCUAAAGAUUGACCCGCUUCAGCAAAGCGACCAAGGGCCUUUUCAUUUCAGGGUUGAAAUGAAAGGCUUUGAAAAAUUCUCUUACCGAGACAAGACCGUCUCCGUACAAAUGAUACGUACAUUAAGUCCUGUCAAUUUAACUGUGACGGAAGAUACGGCACAACCAAUUGUGAUUGCUUCCUGUUCUGUCACUCACUCCUGCCCCGCCUCUCCUCCCGUCAUCCUAUGGAGUCACCCUGGACAUCAACAUUAUCAGACUCGACCCCUGGAAAACGGCCAAUGGGAAGCUACGUCCACACUGACCUUCCAUCCUGCCCAUGCUGAGAACAACACGCAUUUGCAGUGCCACGUCACAUUCAAGGGGGGGCAGCAACAGGAAGCAUCCAAGAUCAUAAAUGUGAAAUACGCCCCCGUGAACGUACACGUCGACUUCAACGCAAACGUGAAGGAGGGCGAGGCCGUGCGCCUGAAGUGCAGCUGCGACGCGAACCCUCCCGCCAUCAGUUACGAGUGGCAUAACGAAGACGGUGCUGAGCUGCACAAGGGCAGCGUCUUCGUCCUGGCAAACGUCUCCAGACACACGGGGGCCCUGUACUGCACGGCUACCAACGCCUUGGGAAGAGCAACAUCAUCACCCGCACAGCUUAACGUGACAUAUGCCCCUGUGAUUAAGAGCGUCUCAUCGUGCUCCUCCGACGGGGAGAUGGUAAAGUGUGUGUGCAUUGCAGAGUCCAGACCCCCCAGCAAUGUCCAUUUUUCACUGCCUGACACACUCCUUCCGAGGCCUGACGUAGAGCGACAUGAUUCCAUUACCAUCGGCACUCUGCGCGCUUUUCUUCCUUCUUCUGAAUUGGUCUACUGCGUGGCUAACAACGCCAUGGGCAACGCCAGCGCCGCCAUCACUUUACCAGUUCACAGUAAGAUGCUGUAUCUUUAUGUUAUUAUUGCAGCUGGAGGUGUUUUGAUGCUGGUGAUUCUCUUAGUAGUGAUGAUAAAAAAAUGGUAAGAGACCGCAAACUACCACAAUUGAACGCUCAAAAAGUCGGAACAAAAACUGAGGAUUUCGACUUAUCAUGCAGCAUGUCAUGUGCGACUUCAACAACAAUUCCAAAAUGUCCCCCUUUUUGGGGGGUGCAAAUAGUGACAAGUUUGAUUGAUUAUUAUCUCAUUGCGAGUCUAAUUGCAAAUUAUUACAGCGAUCUGAUAUUUACCAACAAAAUUACGAAUCGGUGUUUUCAUUUCAACAUUUUGGCAGAUCAGGUUCGAUAUCCGGUGUAUACCUUUUAUAAAACAACUGAUGAUCUCAAAAUCGACAUUAAUCCCCCAUACCUAUUGAAAUCUUGAAA